UUCCUUACUUCUAUGCAGUUAUUAUAUGAUUUAUGACUUAUGUUCUGCAAUUAAUAUCUUGUGUUUUGUCUUACUGUAUGCAUUUGACAUUUCACCUAGAUUGUUCAAUGGUUGUCUCUGCCUGAUAGACUCUCAACUCUAGCUCCCAAACCCAAGGUCGGGGAGUUGUGUCUCUGUCUGUUGAGACUUGGUGCUCCUUUCUCACAGAUAGUUGGACGUCAGCAAUGCAGGUGUGAGAAUGUAAAUAUCUUCACACACACUGCGACAGGGAGGAGAUGGUGCAUGUAAUUUGAUUGGGUUAGAAAGACAUUCCACCCUAGUCGGACAGAGAAGCUAAAAGGCAGAAACAACUUUAGGAUCGUGGGCUCUUUGCAUCACACCUUCGUGGUGUGUGCACUGAUCUCCCCAGCUGGUUUUUGGUUUGUUGAUGUGCACGAUCAACAUCCAUGCUUUUUAUUUGCUUUCCCCAUUAUUUUUAUUUUCUUUAUUAUUUCAAUAAAUCGCACAAAAGGACAACUCUCUCUCAUCUACUUCUUUAUGGAAAAUUUCCACCACAGAAAUUGGCGUUGUCGGCAGGAUCCCGCGGCAGGUCGUCUGGACGGUGUGACCAGGGACGAUAGUCCUGAGGACUAGGGUCGCUCAGCCUCCGAACCUCUACAGACAUUCAGAGCUGGGAGGACUGCUCACCCGUCUGGAUCGCCUCUGACGAGAUCCACGAACUCAGAUUCAAACUCAAAUCCUAAUUUGGUUCAGCUCGGUGAGAGAGAUUCCUUUUAAUUUGGGAAAAAACAAAAAGAAAAUAUAACUAGGAAAAGAGAUAAUAUUUCUAAAACGACUAUGUGGCUGAAAACAUCUAAAAUAUAAUAAUUAGGACCAAACAAUUUUUUUUAAUUAAAAAACUUAAUAUUCGGGUAAAAUUAAUUAGGUCAAAGUGUGCCCUGGUGGUCGAGACGGUGGUUGCUAAGGGUUGGCUCGUGGAACCGAGCUUCCGUCUGUACUGAGGAUACAGACAUGUUUUUCUGAUCUGUGCGUGGUCCACACGUGGGGGACUGAGUAUAAAAGACGGCUUCUGAAAGAGGGAGUGCGUUUGCAGAGUGAAGUGUUUUCAAGAGACGAGGGCCCCGGGCCUAGAGGGGCCUAACGUUGAGGAAGUACUUCGUGAAAGACUCUGUCGCCAGAUCGGGUUGGUUCCCUUUUUACGGAGACGUCCGAUAAAAAGGCAUUUUGGGAAGGUUCCGGCCGGAACACAUAAAAAUCUAAGGCAGAAAACCGCCGGGACUCUGAAAGAUGGGUUCGGGGCGAUCUAAGUCUCCACCACCAGACUGCAGCAUUACAAAAGUAAAGAACUGAGCGCGAUGAGGGUAAAUCCGGAUCUGGACUCCUUUCCCACCAUCAGCAGAAGAACCGAAGGAGAAGAAGCGCCCGACCAACAACCAGAACAGGGUGGAAGCUCUGACACCACAGCAGCUGGAGGACACAGACCACAGCAUGGACGCCUCACAGACUCCCACAACGUCUGCAGCCAUCACGUUCUGGGCUCAUCAGAUGAACCAGCUACUACAAGCCCUGCACCAGCAUGAAAGGACUGUGUCUGAAGCUUCAGAGGCCGUGAAACUGUCUUACAAGCGUGUGUGUCUGACAGACACCUGCUUAUGACAAUCAGCAAAGGAAAACAAGGACAGAGAAACAGCAGAGAAGACGUGCUCUGACACAGACACUGGUUGAAAGAACAGGAGAGGCUUCAGACGUGAUCGGCCCAAUAGAGCUGCAUCUGAGGAUCCAGGAAAGGUCUGUCAUCGAGGAACAACUGUCCCAUUGAAAGGCUUCACCCACUGGCGCUCACAUCAGACUGAUGGUUGGGGAAGGAGGAAGGUGACGGUUCCUUUUCACGUGACGUACAAGACGGUACCGCAAACACACACACAUUCAUACACGCAACGAAGAAACACGCUUACAGCUGAUACACGCUCAAAUUCAUGUUCAUGCUUAUCUGCUCGCAAUGAAGAAUCGCUUUCUGCUCAAAAAAACACCCCACAGAGUGAUUUGAAAAUGAUGACAAACAGCUAAAUGACAACUGCUGCGUGACUUUACAGUCUGAUGGGUUUAAACUAUUUCAAUUUGCAACAAAUUCAGUAAUAAAAUCCUCCAUGUUUCUAAAAAUACUUGUGCACAAUAUAGGUUUGUCUGGCCAGACUGUAGAAAAACAAAACAGACUGUAGAAAAACAAAAAACAAACAAAAAAAAAAAAACAGAAACAGACUAUCAAUGACUAUUAAAGGGAAGACGACUAUUAGAGAGAAGUAAUAAUAAUGACUGUACGUACCAGACUAUUAAAGAAAAACUUAUUCUUUCACUGUCUUGUGCAACAUCUGACAGCAAGACACCGUAACAUUCAUUUUUGCUUUCAACCUUAUGCCCAGUUACAUUUUUAGGAAGAGAUCUCAUGUGUAGUUUAGGUAUUUGAUUGAUUUCCACUCCAGACGGAGUGCAGGUUACAUCUACAGACAUUCUAAAUAAUCCCUCUUUUGUUGGUGUUAACUUCAGCUCAGCUGUGCUCCUAUCAUUGGCUGCUGAGGGGGGGCUGUAACUGAGGCCCUCACACAGGCUGCUUCACAGCUUGUUUAUGAUUUCACACACACACUCAAACUGACCUCAACUUCCCUCUUUUGGGAUGAACACAGGUCUGCGCUUGCGAUUUCUUUUACUAACGAACAAAAAGAUUUUUGAUGUUUAUUCUACAGUUCCACACGUCCCUCUGUGAAAACAUGAUGGAGACAGAUGACAGGACGUGGGUCCUUUCGUGAACAGAUGUCAACGGGGUAGAGACUGGUGAACGACUUCUGACCCCAUGUGACGUAUUCACCUACUUUGCAUACUUUUAGAAAACUUCUUUUUAUUCUGCCGUCAUGUGCAGCAAACAGUAAACUGGGUACCUCCACAUUCUAAUGACACACAUUACACGCUUUUGUUUUUAUUUUCAUUUUUCAGAGGACGCUCUGACCCAACACUCAGCCUUACAGGAAGCCCUGCUUCCCUGUGGCUCACACACAGACAUGAUGUAGGUUUGAUCAGAGGAUGUGAACCAGUGGUCAUCACACCUAAAUCUGACCACAGACCAUGUAAACAACAACACCCUCUUAAAGGAAGCCAUAGAUGGCGUUACUGCAGACACCACUAAGAUACUGAAACAUUGGAUGCUACAGGCCACAAAGAGAGCCUGUCUAAAUUACACUUUGUUCAGACAAAGGUCAUUUUUCUGGGUCAUUGUAAUUACAGCUGAUGGCAAAUCCAUCUCACCCAACAGAGUUAAAGCAAUUUGAAACCUGCCUAAACCGUGCACGUAAAAACAGCUGAUGUUUUUUCUAGGUCUUUGUUCUUAUUGUAGGACCUUCAGUCCUAACUUUACUGUCUUUGAGGCCCCACUCAGGGUUCUGAUGCAGACAUCUUCAUCGUCCACUUCUUGUCUCACGUGGACGUCUGAGGCUGAACAGGCGUUCACCGACCUCAAACUUGCUCUUCAGUCGGCUCCUACUUUGGGUCUGCCUGACCCUACGCGACCUUUCACCCAAACAGUGGAUGAGAAAUCAGGUUGUAUGACCUCUGUCCUUUUACAGGAUCACGGAGGACGUCCGCGCCCUGUAGCCUAUUUCUCUGCUAAGCUUGACCCAGUCGCUGCGGGGCUCCCACGAUGCCUCCGAGCAGUGGCUGCGGCAGAGAAAGCCGUGCUGGCAUCACGUGACAUUGUUGGCUAUUCUGGUGUCACCCUGCUGGUUCCUCAUGCCGUGUCUUUGAUCCUUUUGGAACAAAAAACAUCACAUCUUUCUACAGCCCGAUGGCUUAGAUACAACACCAUCUUACUGGAAAUGCCAAACAUCACUGUCAAAAGGUGCAAUGUGCUUAACCCAGCCACUUUGUUUCCAGGCCCUGACGAUGGCGAGCCUCACAACUGUGUUUCGGUCUUGAACCAAGUCUGCACUCCGCGCCCAGAUCUGUCGGAGGUGCCAAUUCCUAACUGUGACCUCGUUCUCUUUGUUGAUGGCUCCGCCUCUAGAGACCCUGCUUCGGGCCGCUGUCAGGUUGGAUAUGCAGUCUGCGCCUCUCAUACUGUUUUACAGUCUGGCGCUUUGCCAGGACAUUACUCUGCUCAGGCUGCGGAGUUGAUCGCACUGACCGAAGCCUGUAAAUUGGCUGAAGGGAAGUCUGCUACUAUCUACACAGACUCCAGAUACGCUUUUGGCGUCACACAUGACUUUGGUGCUCUGUGGAAACACAGAAGGUUUUUGAAAUCUGAUGGCAAACCUAUCUUGCAUCAUGAUAAGGUUGCUGAUCUGCUCGACGCAAUUCUGUUACCAGCUGCAAUUGCUGUAUGUAAGUGUCCCGCACACACUGGGGGCACUGAUCCCAUCUCUGCUGGAAACACACGUGCUGAUGCUGCUGCGAAGGCAGCUGCUCGACAUUCCCUUCCCUUUGCUCCCUGCCUCUUAUCCUCCACCUCUACCCAACCUCCCUCUCCUCCCUCUGCUCUCCCUGAUCUUCAGACAUUCUCUACCCCACAGGAACGCAAGCUCUGGCUGACGAAUGGCGCCACCAGUAGCCAUGGCGUUUGGUAUGGGCCCGACGGCAAACCUUGCCUGCCUAAACACUUUUUCCCUCAUUUCGCGAAGUUGACACAUGGAUUAGACCAUGUAUCAAAGGGGGGAAUGUUAGAUGCUCUUACAAAACAUUGGAGGAACGUCUGUCUGGUCCUGUCAAAUCGCAUACUCUCACUCAGAACAGAACAUGCUCAGCCACCUUAG